AUGUCGACCACCCAGGCGACCACCAGCUUGGUGAACAAGCUCCCUGUUCGCCUACGCAACUUCUUCGCCCGUUAUCCUCCCCAGAUCUAUUCCGCAGCAGUUGCACCCCGUCCUUCUCCGGAGGAAACGACAAAAGCAGUCAGCGAAGAGUCCCUUCCUUCACCAUAUACGCCAAACAGGGAUGCCAAGGGCUAUAAGCAUCCCAAUCCCAAAGAGUUUUCACCGUCCAGAGCUCUUCUUUACUCCGAUCCCAAGCAUCCCAACCCAUUCCUGCCUCGCAAGAACUUCUGCUCGGGCAAAUGGAUUGGCCCGCGCUACGGGCUACGGACACAAGUCGAGCUGGUGAAGUUGGCCGCCAAAUACAAUGUGGAAGCUCUACUGCCCCCGGGACGCAAGUCAACCGAAUACAAAGAGACUAGACGCGCGGAGCGUGGAUUACAGAUCAAGGGUACCGGUAUUGGACAGAAGGUCAAGGGUCACAAGUGGGAGCGGACGAUGGAGGCUCGUCUGGAGGACAGACGCAAGGCCAUGAUGGAGAUGCCGGAAAUGAUCCGGUUGUGGAAGCAGAGAGGUCACGGUCGCGGCUGGAAGAAGUGGCCCAAGCGGUAA